AUGCUGCGCCAUAGGUGGAUUGCUCCCGCGGUGAGCCAACACUUUUUUCCAGUGCAGCUGUCGAAGCGCCAGUUUACGGAUAAAGUCGUAGUCGGCUCGUGCGCCGCGCUCUCCACAAGCGUGACUAUUCUCGGCAUCUUCCACCUCAUUGUGACACCCGUGAGCUCAACGAUUGCGGCCGCGACUCUUUCCGCGGCUGCAGUUAGCGGGGCACUUGUUGUUUUUGAAGGCGGAAAGAAUGAGGGUGGCACGACGUUCGGUGCAGUUCUUGGCGUAUUCUUCGGUGCAAUGGGGGGCUACUACGCCAAAUCCUCCAAGGAGCCGUGGCGGAAGUGA